GGGCGGGGCGCGGGGCGCGGGGCGCGGGCGGCGGGCGGGACGGGGACAUGGCCGCGGCGCCAGGGGGCUCUGCGCCGCCCGCCGGCCCCGGCCCGCGCUUGGGCUUCAGCACCGCGGACAGCGGCUCGGGCUCGCGGAGCCCGGCUCCCGCCGUGCCCAUGAAGGACCACGACGCCAUCAAGCUGUUCGUGGGGCAGAUCCCCCGCGGCCUGGACGAGCAGGACCUGAAGCCGCUGUUCGAGGAGUUCGGCCGCAUCUACGAGCUCACGGUGCUCAAGGACCGACUCACUGGCCUCCACAAAGGUUGUGCCUUCCUCACAUACUGCGCCCGGGACUCUGCUCUCAAAGCCCAGAGUGCAUUGCACGAACAGAAGACCCUGCCAGGGAUGAACCGUCCAAUCCAAGUGAAGCCGGCUGCCAGCGAAGGCCGAGGAGAGGACCGAAAGCUGUUUGUGGGGAUGCUGGGCAAGCAGCAGGGCGAGGAGGACGUCAGGCGCCUGUUCCAGCCCUUCGGCCACAUUGAGGAGUGCACUGUCCUGCGGAGCCCUGACGGCACCAGUAAAGGCUGUGCCUUUGUCAAGUUCGGGAGUCAAGGGGAAGCACAGGCAGCCAUCCAAGGCCUGCACGGCAGCCGGACCAUGGCGGGCGCCUCAUCCAGCCUUGUGGUGAAGCUGGCAGACACGGACCGCGAGCGCGCACUGCGACGCAUGCAGCAGAUGGCCGGGCAGCUGGGCGCCCUCCACACUGCACCCCUGCCGCUUGGGGCCUGCGGCGCCUACACCACAGCGAUCCUGCAGCAUCAGGCAGCCCUGCUGGCAGCAGCCCAGGGACCAGGCCUGGGCCCAGUGGCUGCAGUGGCGGCCCAGAUGCAGCACGUGGCAGCCUUCAGCCUGGUGGCCGCGCCACUCUUGCCUGCGGCAGCCGCCAGCUCCCCACCAGGUGGUGGCCCUGGCACGCUGGCUGGUCUUCCAGCACCCAUCGGGGUCAAUGGAUUCGGCCCCCUGAGCCCCCCGACGAACGGGCAGCCAGGCUCCGACACGCUCUACAAUAACGGGCUCUCCCCUUACCCAGCCCCAAGCCCAGGCACGGACCCAGUGCAGCAGGCCUACGCAGGGAUGCACCACUACGCAGCAGCCUAUCCGGCAUCAUAUGCUGCGGCGGUGAGCACGGCCUUCCAGCAGCCUGCAGCCCUGCCCCAGCAGCAAAGAGAAGGCCCCGAAGGCUGUAACCUCUUCAUCUAUCACCUGCCUCAGGAGUUUGGUGAUGCAGAGCUCAUCCAGACCUUCCUGCCCUUCGGAGCCGUGGUCUCUGCCAAAGUCUUUGUGGACCGAGCCACCAACCAGAGCAAGUGUUUCGGCUUUGUGAGUUUCGACAACCCAGCCAGUGCCCAGACCGCCAUCCAAGCCAUGAAUGGCUUCCAGAUUGGCAUGAAGAGGCUCAAGGUGCAGCUGAAGAGGCCCAAGGAUGCCAGCCGGCCUUAUUGACCUCACUGACCAGCACAGAGAGAAACGAAGAAUGAGAGAAAAAGAAGGAAAAACAAGAAAUGCUGGAGCCGCCCUUCCCAGAGAAGCAGCUAUGAGUGGAAGUGGGUCGACUGAGGAGGCUGGGACCCAGGGCCAUCCUGAGGGCUCGGGCCCCGGUUGCAUCAGUGGGUUGCUCUACACAAGGUGUUGGCACCCAGGCUGGCAGGGCACUGGGGCCAGUGGAGGCAAUGGGGGUGCCAAGGGCUUCUCUGCAAAGGAAGCCCACACUUUACUUCUCUCAAAACCAUAU